AGACAGACGAAAAUAGUUGCAAAAUUUUACACACCCACCCUGCCCUUACAGUAUCUCUUUCUCUGUAUCUCAAAUUGUGAAUAGUGAAUAGAAUAGAAGAAGCUCCUUUUUGUUUUGGUUGGUUUCGGCGACUGAUCAAUUAAUAUAUUGACCAUCGUCGUCACGCCAGUCCUCUCUCUCGCGCUCUUUCUCUCAAUAUUGGCUAUAAUUGUCGAUUGAUCGUCGUUAUUGCAUUUACUGAGGAACAAUCAAUCGAAGAGAAAGAGAAAGAGAAAGAGAAGAGAAAGAGAGAGAGAAUGGAGAGUUCGAGCGAAUUGGUUCCAUUUCCAUUGCUGAUAACUCCGAUCGAGUCGAAUUACAGGGCAUGCACUAUUCCUUAUCGAUUCCCUUCCGACAAUCCCAGAAAGCCUACCCCCACUGAGCUCGCCUGGAUCGACCUCUUCUCCAAUUCUAUUCCCUCUUUCCGGAAACGGGCAGAGAGUGACGAAACAGUUGCUGACGCUCAUAUUAAGGCUGAAAAAUUUGCUCAAAGGUACACUGAAUUACUCGAGGAUCUUAAGAAAGAUCCUGAAAGUCAUGGUGGGCCGCCUGAUUGCGUGCUUCUCUGCAGGCUUCGCGAGCAAAUUCUUAGAGAAUUGGGAUUCAGAGAUAUAUUCAAGAAAGUUAAGGAUGAAGAAAAUGCUAAGGCUAUUUCCUUAUUUGAGGAUGUUGUUCAUGUUAAUGAUGCUAUUGAGGAUGGAGCUAAGCGUGUAGAGAAUCUGGUUAGAGGAAUAUUUGCAGGGAACGUAUUUGAUCUUGGUUCGGCACAGCUUGCAGAGUUAUUCUCGAAGGAUGGGAUGUCCUUUUUGGCUAGUUGUCAGAAUCUCGUCCCUCGGCCCUGGGUUAUAGAUGAUUUAGACACGUUUAUAAUGAAAUGGGGCAGAAAAUCUUGGAAGAAGGCUGUCAUUUUUGUUGAUAAUUCUGGAGCAGAUAUAAUUUUGGGUAUAUUGCCAUUUGCAAGAGAGUUACUCCGACGUGGGACACAGGUUGUUUUGGCAGCUAACGAUUUGCCUUCUAUUAACGAUGUAACUUACCCUGAACUAAUUGAGAUUAUAUCAAAGUUAAAGGAUGAACAUGGGCAGCUUGUGGGUGUUGAUACUUCCAAUCUGCUGAUUGCCAAUUCUGGUAAUGAUUUGCCGGUUAUUGAUCUCACGAGCAUAUCACAAGAGCUUGCCUACCUGGCAAGUGAUGCAGACCUAGUUAUUUUGGAAGGAAUGGGUCGUGGAAUAGAGACAAAUCUUUAUGCUCAAUUUAAAUGUGAUUCGCUCAAGAUUGGGAUGGUUAAGCACCUAGAAGUUGCUCAGUUCCUUGGGGGAAGGCUUUACGAUUGCGUCUUCAAUUACAAUGAAGUUUUGGGUUAAAUAAUGCAUUCUGCUCAAUAUUCCUGACCUAGUUAUUUACAUUUGAGCAUUUUACACACAUAGAAUGAGGUCUUAGAUCUUUUGGAAGUUAUCUAUGUACUUUAAAACUGCUGAAGUUAGUCAUUUUUGUACUUCAAAAUUGCUGGAGUCUUUUCUUUUUUAAUAAUAAAAAUAACAUGGCCAAGUACUGUUGACUUCCACAAAAAGGUUUCCUCUC